UGUCCCAAAACAAAUCAGAGCGCUUGUGGAAAUUUGUUUUUAGCAUGCCUUUUGGUCACAUAUGAAGUGGUUAUCGACGAAAAACAACAAAUAUUUCGACACAUUUCUUUAUUUUUGUUUCUAUAUUUUUAACAUUUUGGUGAUCAUCCCAUAUUUUUUCGUUUAUUUGGUGUUGAUCUGAUUUGGUGCCAUGCCGGUGCACCGUGACCGGGAGAAGAAGGAGAACACAGCUGAGGAAAUGGAGGUGGAGGACCAGGAGCAAGACGCAUCAAGUUUAGAUGAGGAGGAUUCUGACAGCUUCUCUGUAUCUGAGGAUGGAGACAGCUCCGAAAUGGAUGAGGAGGACUGUGAAAGGAGAAGAGUUGAAUGCCUGAAUGAAAUGUCUAAUCUGGAAAAACAGUUCACUGAUCUCAAAGACCAGUUGUACCGGGAGCGACUGAAUCAGGUGAACAGUAAGCUGACGGAGGUUGAGGCUGGGCGAGCAACAGAAUACCUUGAUCCCCUGGAAGUUUUGCGUGAGAACAUGCAGGUCCGCACCAAGGUGGCAGGUAUCUACAGACAGUUGUGUCUUGAGUCUGUAAAGAACAAGUACGACUGUGAGAUCCAGGCAGCAUGCCAACACUGGGAGAGUGAGAAACUGCUGCUCUUCGAUACAGUCCACAGUGAACUGGAGGAAAAAAUCAGACGUCUGGAGGAAGAUAGACACAGCAUAGACAUUACAUCAGAGCUGUGGAAUGAUGAACUGUCGGGAAGGAAGAAGAGGCGAGAUGUUUUAAGUCCAGAUAAGAAGCGGAGGCGACCUUCGGUGGUGUCAGGUCCAUAUAUCGUCUACAUGCUUCCGGAUCUGGACAUCCUGGAGGACUGGACGACUAUCAGAAAGGCUGUAGCCACAUUGGGCCCCCACAGGGGAAGGAGCGACUCCGAGAGCUCUGUGUUUCCAUUCAGACCUGAAAGAAACAGGCCAAUUCUCAACUGCUGAGAGAGCCAAGAGGAAGCCAUUAUAAAAAAAAAGCACAGGAAGACCUUGAACACACAUUUUGCAUGCGGACAAACAAGCAUUAAAAACGUAAAAGUAGGGAACUCUUCACAGCCAACAGCGGCCUCAGUUUUCAGUGAACAAUAGGACUUCCAGGUUUGAACAUAAACAGAUUCUGAUUCUGUUGAAACUCAGGCUUUCUGGAGUCGUUGAGUCAAUUCAAGAUAAGCAAAAGUAGUUUUGUGUCGUGCUCAGCACCUUUUGCAACUUCUUUGCCAAUAUUUACCUCCAAAUUAGCUUUUUUCAGGGUUUAAGACCAUCACAGAAGAUGCACAAACAGCUUUUUUUUAGAUUUUAAAAAACUUGCUGAUUUAUGUAUUUUUUUUUGGUAAAACUCCGUUUUUGUUUAGAAAUCUGAUAUAGUAAAAUGCACCAGUUUAAUAUUUUUUCUAAAACCAGUUUUUAAGUAUGUUAAACUUUUUAUUUUUUAAUUAAUACUUUUAGUUUUUUUUCUGGUAUCUCAGAAGGAAUAAAAGUGUCUCUAAGUAAAAUUACAGGAAAUAAAAAAGCAGAAUUCAGACUUAAGGUAAACAGAUUAGUUAACUCUGGGGUUGGUUUAUUGUGCCAUAAUAUGCUUUGAGUGUUUAUACCUUUUAUGUAAGUUAAUAUAAACAUUAAUGGUUGAAAUUGUUAAGUAGUGAUUAUAUGUCUAUGUUUUAUUGAAAAAAUUAUUGCAGAUUAGAAUUAGGGAUCAGUUUUCAGGAAAAAAAAAACAAUCAAUACCUUCACAUUUUUAGAUUUUUGGAUAUUUAAAUAAUGUUUUUUUGACAUUUAGUUUUUCACACAAGUUGAUUAUAAUUCAGAUUCUCCUUGCUUUUAUUUUUUUCUGCAUCCCUGUGAUUAGUCACAGAAACCACUGGAAAAAAAAAUCUCAGCACCUCAGGUCAUAAUAUAGCCUUGGACAUGGAAUAAAAAAUGUUCCCUCCAAUUAAUAAUUUUUGGCCACAAAUGAGUAUUUUGUGUGGACUAAGUAGUAUUUUUGUGGCCAAAAUGUAAUAUUUUGUGGGCCCAAAUGAACAUUUGUAUUUCCUGCACACAAAUUACUACUUUGUGCAAAGAAAUCACUACUUUUAAUUUCUUUGCACGAAUUAGUAGUUUGUGCAAACAAAUUACUAUUAUGUGCACAAAUUAUCAUUUUGUGCAAAUAAAUUACUAUUUGGUGCACACAAAUUACUACUUUGUUCACAGACAUUACCAGUUUGUGCGCUCAAAAUGCUAUGUAAAUUCUAAUUUGUGUGCACAAAAUACCAAUUCUUGGCCACUGAUUAUUAAUUUGAGGUAAUGUUUUUUAUCGUCAUGCUUGGGGGUCUUGAAAUGUGAUGCAACGAAAUGUAAAACUAUCCUUUAUAUCUACCUCUUCUUUCUGUAACAUACACUUAUGGACACCAUUUAAUAUGGAUGAUCACUUUUUCUGCUUCUGCGUCGAAGACAAUGUCAGAAAUCAACUGGUUUGAGCUCAGCAUCAUUUAGUCAGUGUUAGUUUGAUUGUUACUUGGGUUUGGAAGUUUAAUUGUUAUUUUUGACCGUUAAUGUACAUUUUUUCUUUUAAAGUUUUUUUUUCUGGUUUUUAAUUAAAGUUGUGUUACAAA